CUAAGAUCUAGAGACCGAUAGCCAGGGCACUACGAUGUUGACAUAAUGGCGCACACCACGGGAUUACCAGUGAAUCGGGCGCACGUAAUACUGUGGGAUAGUCAGCAAUAGAAAGGGAACUGACAGAAAUAUUAAAACGGAAGCGAUCGUAACCCGCGAGAAGAGUGUUUGUUGUAAGUGUUUGUAGUGAAAAGUUCAACAGAAUGGUUCAGUUGUUCGGGAAACUGUAGUAGUCGAUGCGAAAGCGGCUAAGGCUUUCCGCUGCUAAGCCGUUUGCUCGUGGGAAGCUGAUCCUUGGAUGAUGAUGGAACCCGCUCACAAGCCGAUGAUGAACCUUGGUGAAUUGAUUCACUCUUCGCUGAGGGUCGAUGAAACCUUGGACGAAGAUCUGCGAUCGAAAACGGAAGCAUUCGCAGUCAGCAACGGUGGAGGUGAAGAUCAACGGCAACUCCAGCAACCGACGGUUUAUCUCACCGAAACGUUCUACAUCAGUUCGAAGAAAAAUACCGUCUUCGAGGUGCGGCUCACCGACAAGGGGCUCUGUUUGAAGAAACAAUCGAACGGGUCGACCAAGGAGCAGACCAUCCCGCUGAAGGACAUCAUCGGUUGUCGCUGUUUGCGCAGCAAGCGACGUACGCGGGGCAGCUCCUCGUGUACGUGUGCCUCCAUCUCGAACUCGGGUGCCCUCAAGGUGGUCGAGGAGAACUCGGGUGAGCAGGAUGAGACGGACGUGAGCGCAUAUCUGUACAUUUACGCGUACAUCCUGAAGCGCAACCGGCGCGGCGGGUUCCGCGAGCGUACCACCAUCACCCUGCGCUUCCGUUCGUUCGAUCGCUACGAGGACAACAACCGCGAAGCGCAAAAGUGGCGCGCCGCCAUCAAGUGUCUGAUCGCCGGUGAACCGGCGUUGCAGAAACACACAUAUCAACCACGCGAUACGCGCAAAAUGCUCGUCAUACUGAACCCAAAGUCCGGCUCGGGCAAGGCGCGGGAAAUGUUUCAGCAGCGCGUGGCACCGGUCUUUGCCGAAGCCGAAAUCCUCUACGAUCUGCACAUCACAAAGAAGUGCAACUGGGCGCGCGAGUUUGUCCGCCUGCGGGACAUCUACCUCUGGCGGGGGAUCGUCGUCGUCGGUGGCGAUGGCAUCUUCUUCGAGGUACUGAACGGACUGUUCGAGCGGGAGGACUGGCAAACGGCCAUCGAGGAGUUACCGAUCGGCAUCAUUCCUUGCGGGUCCGGCAAUGGAUUGGCGAAAACGGUGUCCUUUUUAUAUGAAGAGCCUUUUGAAACGAAACCCGUACUGGCAUCAGCUUUAAUGGUAGUUAAGGGAAGACAUUCCAUGUUAGACGUAGUUAGAGUCGAGACCCGCUCCAAUAUAAUGUUCUCUUUCCUGUCCGUGGGCUGGGGCCUCAUAUCAGAUAUCGACAUUGAGAGCGAACGGUUACGUGCCAUCGGAGGUCAAAGGUUUACCGUGUGGUCGGUCCACCGAUUGAUCAGCUUACGGACGUACCAUGGGAAAGUAUCCUACAUUCCGGCGCUGGCUAGCCAAACCAAUGGAACCACGAUGGCUGGCAGCCAUAUGAAUGGGCCGACGAGCCAGCGAUCGGGUGCGAUCGGAACACUAAAGCACAGCGUUAGCUACAACACCACGUUGAACUGCCGCGACUGUCGUGGGGGAACCGACACAAGUAGCUGCGAUGCCUGUGAUACGAACUUUAGUGACGUGCUUUCACUGGAGACGGGAAUGAAUCUGGAUUCGUUUCGUCCCCGCAUCGACAGCUGGUACUCGGCAACGUCGCGCAAAAGCACCUACUUCUCCACGGUCGACAGCGUGUACGAGAGUGAUAAGGCUUCCAACGAUGGCAGUAUCGGACAGCAGGUUGGCCCCAACGGUACCGGGCCGUUCGUACAAAUGUAUGGUCCACCGUCGCGGUUGCCCGCGCUAACGGCUGCUAUACCCGACACGUGGACCACCUUGACGGGCGAGUUCGUGAUGGUGCACGCCGCAUACCAGACACACCUCAGCACGGAUUGCUACUUUGCCACGCAGUCGCAUCUCAACGAUGGCAUUAUAUGGUUGCUGAUCAUUCGGGGAGGAGUUUCUCGAUCGCAGCUCCUAUCGUUUCUGCUCGGGCUGAGCAGCGGGACGCACGUUCCGCUGCAAGCGAACGAUUACAUCCAGAUGGUUCCGGUAACUGCCUUUCGCAUCGAACCAAACGGCACCAAUGGUCACAUGACGGUGGACGGGGAAAACGUGGAGUGUGGCCCAAUCCAGGGUGAAGUGUUCCCCAGCCUAGCAAAAGUUAUGGUGCCCAAGUAGAAUGGGAACAAAUCUGACCAGAGAAAGGUUUCUUUUUGUGCUCUGUUUUCUGUGUCUAUUGGAACGUUAUAGAGGAGUAUUUUCUUUUUCGUUGGUCGAACCUGUCCACGACGGAAUGUUUGUUGAAAUUGAUUUGUUACGCAGAGCAGCGGUGGUCUAAUAGGUUUUAAGGGAGAAACGUGCGAUAGAUAAUUGGUGAAGGUUGAUCCUCAUAGAAGAACGACAUUCCUAUGAAAUCCCAUAAAGAUCUUCUGGAUGGCGAAAACAAAUGGCAAAGAACAAGACAAAUGGCUGUUACCUAAAUGUGCUAGUAUUUUUUUGUUUGGGUGGGGUUGAAAAUAUUUAAAUUGCAUUCUAUAAAAAUCAAAACGCUUGCGCACAAAACAAUUCUUUUGUGGGGCAGUCGUUGUAGAAUUCAGCAAUUCCCAAAAUUCGUGCCAAACUGAUUUCAUUCGUCGGCUUUUCUUUCCCGGUAACUCCUGGUACCUAUCGACAACGAAAUGGCCCGGAACUGAUAGGGCAUACAAAGAGUACUGCAUAACAGGAUGCAUUUAAAUUGCUUGAAUCCAUUCCACGCGCUCCAUAUCAGUCGAAGCGACCCGAAAGCAUUUGCUAACAUUGAACAUGCGACGUAAACGAUAAGCAAUUGUACCGACUCGCCAGCAGUUUAAAAGUUAAAAAAGAUCGCAAAACGGUUUACAAAACAAAGUAUUACCUAUUCCAAUAAGAUAAUUGUACAUGCGCAUCAUGAACGAUUCGGGCGCAAACACUAGGCUUUCCGGAUGGUGGCCGGGAAGCGAAGCAAGUAGUAUAGAAUAGAGAAAUCACGGAUGUGGAAUGAUUACCGAGAAAGACCAUUUUAAAAAGACAAAAUACUUCAUACCAGUCACUAAACCGUCGACAUCCGACAUUCAAAACGUGUCAAUAGUGCAAGCAAUUUAGCGUACUAGGAAUCAAAUUUAUAAUAUCUUUCAAGCAUUACAAAAUAUAUUCAUAAAAUAAUACACACAAUGAAUACAAGUUAUUGCCACCAGUUCCUCGGGCAGUGCAUCAAUGGUUGUCCGAAGAUGUGAAGACGAAAGUAAAAUAUCUUAGGCGUGCAUAGGACGGUAUUACCGAAAGGCGAGUUGGCAGCACUUGCCGAAAAGUACAGUGGCUUCCUGUGGCUUUCACAAACAAGCAAGAGCCCGAGAGUCGAGUGAUCUGCAAAUACCUCUACUUUAAGAUAAUCUUUUCGCUUUGAAUUCUGCCUGCAUUCUAGUCGAAGGGCGUACCAUAGAUUACAGUUUCGAUUAAGCAGAACCACCAUUACGAAUAAUGUGUGGGUCGCAAGUAAACUUACUCGAGCGUCAUUACCAGUAGAUACGCACGUUCAUAAUUCCACAGUAAUUCCAGUUUCAAUGCGUGUAUAACCGUCCAUGGAUCGAAGCCAGAAGUGAACAGAUUUUUAGUAGAUUCCGAUGAAAAUGAACUAUGACUGUGAUUCGUUACAUUGUGCGAUGCGCGAAGGUCAAUUUCCUGGUUUUUUUCUUCCUGCCGUUCAAUGGCACUUUUUCUUCAGUUUGCUGUAUGAUUUACUUUACUUAUAGUGAAAAACCGAGAGAAAUUUUUCCAAUAAA